AUGCGCAAUCCCCAGUACGGAUCCAUGACAUUGGUAAAAUGUCGUGAUUACACUGACAUUGUCAAGGGAGAUUACGAGAAGCUGUGCGAAGAGGCGAUAACGAGUCUUGGAGCACCUCCUAUUGACUUCCAUCCAUACCAGGAUGAGGACUAUGUUCCCACGCCGUCAGGCAUGGACAUCGGUGAAUACAGGAACGCCGUCUACCACCGUGAAGGGCUCUUCUCUGUCAUAUACAAAGCGAUCACAGCCAAGUUUGAGGGCUACUUUGCUUCGUUUGGAACGACCGGUAAAGUAGUUGCUUUGAAAGUCACUACACCGUCCCAUAUGGAGCCACCACACGACUCAAAGCGUGAAGCCCGGAUUUUGGCUCUCGCGGCAUCGGAUCGAGUUAUACCCCCCUCCUGGAAACGUUUCAUGAACCCGGUUCAAGAUUCGCCACCGGAACUUCUUUUCGGUAACAAGAAGUACGGCUGCGAACUGGAUCUCUGGGCUGCUGGGUGCACCGUUGCCGAAGCUUUGGUUCCUGAUCAUCCGACCUUGUUUGAUUCUGGUGAGCUGGGCAGCGAUCUUGCGCUCAUAUCGAGCGUGUUUAGUAGCUUGGGAACUCCGGAUCUGAGCGUGUGGCCGGAAGCUGCAGAGUUUCCAGACUGGGGAAAGGUGCAGUUCAUCGAGUUCCCCACUCAGCCGUGGUCCAGUCUUCUGCCCGGCACCCUGGAUAUCGAACAAGAUCUUGUUAGCCAACUAGUUCGCUAUGAGAGUGGUAGCAGGUUGAAGGCAGCUCAGGUAAGAUUGUACACUACUUCUGUCAUGGAAUGGAAGCUGACGUAG